UGGAAGUAAGUAGGGAGACAAAACGCAGUCAUUCUGUAACAGUAUCUUUUGCACACCAGAUGGGUGACCAGACUGAUUCUGCCAACGAGCAAUCUGGUCUCUCCUGGUUCUGGGUUAAAAAUAGCAUAGAGAAACGCAGUAUAGGCAAAAACAAUGGAGAUGCUCUCAGCACAUAUAUGCUCAUACCUCACAUCCUAAGCUAA